AUGAAUCAUCGUGGAAAUUCAUCCGACUUGGCACGUCGAGGUCUUAGUCAUCAUGGUGUGAGUAUUCCAGGACUUAAUGUGGACAUUGAAAUGCUCGUACAAAGUACACAAGGUUCAGCAAUGCAUUUUGGACGCAAGGCCGCUAAUGAAAAAUUUCAUGGCUGGCUCUGGAAAAAGUCUGGUCGGUUUUCAAAAUGGCGGAAUCAGCAUUUUGUAUUGGAUGGGGCUUUAUUGACGUACUACGAUACGUUUCCAACGGACCAAUUUGUGUCAGAAUCGUCCCUUGUACCGAUACAGGGUGAUAACCUUUUCACAACCAAGAGUGAAUCGACACCGGCAGGUGCCGUCCGAGUAGCACACGUUGAAACGUCCCCAAAAUCCAAGAUUGCAUUCAAAGUGUAUGCUGUUAGUGGCAAGAUUAUCGAUGUACGAGCCAAGAAUGAUACCUUAUGCAGACAGUGGGUGGACCGACUGAACGAAGCAGCGGCUUUAGCAAAACGUCAAGAAUCGCUGAAUACGAGCACGACAAGUACGGUAUCAUCGACACUUUCAAUGGGGUACUCGGAUUCCGAACUCGAUUUUCAAUGCAACAUUGUGGACAAGAGUGGAUGGCUGGAAGUCGGUGAUCGCAAGUCGAAACGACCGCGUUUCUGUGUCAUGCAGGGAAACAUGUUUACGGUAUACGAUACUGAGGACGCAUGGGCUGUACCAUUGAGUCGUGCUUAUGUCACUCAUGCCGAGAAGAUCAGUGAAGCGACCUGUGAGUUUUCCGUGUCGACAUCUGCCGGUAAAAUUACCAAGAUGCUCAUGUGCAAGGCACGAUCGCACGAUGAAAUGCACCUGUGGAUGGAAGCCUUGAGUAAUGCGUCCAAUUGA